UGAAUAUGAUGAUGGCAACGAGAACGACAGAGUGUCAUCAGUGAAUUGUGAAAAAUUUUUCAGAUUAUUUAGGCCAACAAGCAAACAAAAGUCUAAGUUUCUGAGAAACCCAUGAUUAUUCAUGUCACAUUGUGGCUCCUCCCCCCUUUUUUUCCCCUUAUUGAAUAAUCUGUCCACGGUUCAUUUAUGAUAAUCGAUCUUGAUGUGUCAUAAAUGAAGCUGGAGAGAAGUUUGUAGAGCCAGUUUUUUUUGGUGUAACCGCGAAUUUGCUUUAGGUAGGUAUAGUUCAAGUUGAUUCUAUGUAUAAAUUUGAAAGUUUGAUGUGCUGUACAUGAAGAUUAUGGUUGUGAAUAUUUGCCCGUCCGACGACCUAACUGAAAAACGUGAAGCGAGGAUAUUCUUGAUGAUACUCGAUGAAAAUUUGUGCUGAAUAUGACAAGGACAAGCAGGACACGACCUACCGCUGCGGCUCUAUAGACGCGCACCCACGUGAAUGAUUUUUACAUGCCCAGAUCUAGUAUAAUCCUUUCCACACCCUGGACUCUGCACUAGAUCUGGACUAGAUCUUUUUUUUUUGAAGUACAUCUUGCAAGAAUGUAGUUAUGAUAGAUUUUGGUUUUCUUGAUUUUAUUUGUAGAAGAUAGAACAAGAAGAUGUAGUUGUCGAUACUAACUAGUAUGAUCUAAAAUACUUCUAAACCAUAGAUCAACAUAUAGUAGAAGUGGAAGUAAGUGUCGCUUUCGAUCCUCCUUGUUGUGCAAGUGAAAAGUGAAUGGAAAAAUAACCAAAAGAUGUCUUUGUCGGGUCCAACUACCCUCUCGUCCUCUCGUCGGACGAAUACUACGGCUGCUGCUACCACCGCCUGGGACCUUGCUGACCUCUGCUCCCCUCGUAACCGUGGUGGAACGAAGAAGACGCAUCAUGCUUUGUUCCCUAGUGUGCUGGGAAACAUUGUGCAGCAGGACGAUGAUGUUCAGGAAGGCCUUGUUGGUAAAGAAGAUGCUGUUGAUCACAUGAUAGAAGGACGAAUGGAAGUAGACGGCGUGGUAGUAGAGCAGGAUGAUCAUAAUUAUCACUUCGAGAGAAGAGAAGAGGUGGCUGUCGCGGGUGCUGUAUUUGAUCACGACCGCACCUUGCUCUCUUCGAUGGUUGACGAGGAUGAUUUUCAAGGACCCAACAUGCGGUCCGGUAACCCUGCUGAAGGCACACCCAGAAGUGCCGGUCAUUACGUUGAGGUUGAAGACCCUAACCAAUCAGGAAGAACUCCAACAACAAGGCUAGACUUGUAUAACAAUGAGAAUAUGCAUGAUGAUCUGGUUUUUCUCAAUCAGCGAGCACCAAGCCCAAGAAGCGCCAAUGAUUCCGCUAACGUACACGACUUACAACAUCAACAUGAAAGCGCGAGUACUACUAGUCCUCAAAACCUGCGACGAGUGAACCACCACCAACUCCAGCAACACCAACCACGACAACGUCGACAACUGGAAGAACUAGAACUAGUACGACACGACCAACAGCCAGUAAUUCCUAGCAAAAUCAAGUCUCUGCGGGUUGUCCUUGAGGACUCAACGCAACGGUUUCGGCCACACUCUUUCCCUGUUUUUGACGCUACGCCGAGUGAAGCCUUGUCUCUGGUGGAGAAAUACGCGCUCCUGCUCUUGAAUUCACUGGAUAGCUACAGCCUGUGGCUGUAUAAUUAUGACUGGCAUCAUCUAUAGUAACAAAUAGGUCUUCUCCAUGUACGAGUGAUCAUUUUCGUAAAUUGUCCUGCUCUUGCAAUAAUGCAAUGAUUGUUGUAGUUACGUAUAGUACAAUUGAGAUUUUUACGAUUUUUCAAGAAGACUUGCGUUGCUUCUCGUCUUUUACUAGAUCAUGGACGACCCAUUCUAAUCCCUCGCCGACAUGCAGCUGCGACAGGAAUUGCAGGCUUCCCACCUAGAAGCCGCCGCAGCCUGGCAAGGACAAAUUACUGUGCAGAUCUACCAAGAUGGAUGCACACCUCCGCAGUUGCUGGUAGAUCACAGUACAUCAGGAGGUUCAGUGGUGAGGAUGGGCAUGGCAACAAGAACACAUUCUACGUCUCAUAGGAUUCAGCAAAAGGAACACAACCUAGACCACCACACGACACCAAAUUCUUCCUCCCUGGUGCUAAAUAGCAACAGACUACGAGGGUCCUCCUCGUCUUGCUACAGUCAUGACGCGAUGUCGUCUGCUGCUUCUAUGGUCGCCGUGGCUAGUCCGCCCUCACGAGCAGCAGCCUCCGAUCAUCUCGUACAAGGCGAUCAUUUGGAGGACUUGGCUUUAGUUCAGUGUCAGGAUGUUGAUCAUCUUCGUCCUCAGAGGGCUAGUAGCGACAACAAAGUCGGUGUCGGUGGACAUGAAGGUGAUCAUGUACUAGUUCGUCCCGAACAGGAAUCCUCGGCUACACCAACAACUGCUUGCCCUGCAAUCGAAGGUUCAUCCACAUCUGGCGUGCCAAGCGAAGGCGGUUUGCAUCAACAAGGAGUAAACAGUCCUGUAGUGAAGAAAGCCACUUUUGCUAAGAAAAAACUCACCGACAAAGGUCGCCUUCUCUACUACAACUACAACUGCUCUAGUACUCCUGGUACGAAUUACCUGAAGCGGCGUGUGGUGAAACUCCAAAGAUGGCUAAAACGUGUCUUUUGGAAUCCGUGUUCCGCACUAUCGAUCCAGUCCAUGACUGCUAUGGAAAAGCUGUUCUACAGUCACUGCGAGCGUUGCAAUACGAAUGGUCUCAACUGGGAUUUGAUUCUCCUACAUCCAGAUCCCGAUUUCCUCUUACAGGAAAUCCUAAAGAAGACGCAGUUGCUGCCUGAGACAGUAGGGACAACGACAAUGUUGAAUCGUGCCGCGACUACUGGAGGAGGUGCUGGUGGAUCGACACUGCUCGGUGGAGCUAAUAUUAAUGGAGCAGGUGGUGGAAUCGCAGGUGCAGUGCCGUAUAGUAGUAAGCACAAUAACAGCUGCAAUAUGAAUAUUUUCAAGAACAAUUCAACGCCUGGAAAUAUCAUUCCAAAUGAUCCCUCCAGCACCACGUCAAAUAACAAUCAAGGUCUUCAACAACAUCAGAGUGGUUCCAAAAGAGCACAUAACAGCAACAACAAGGUGUUCGCAACCUCGUCAGCUGCGAUCAACAACCAUAUCAUCAUGGGCAGAGGAGUGAAGAAAAAGACCCAUACGACAACGAAUACCACCUCGAUUUCGGAAGUGCUGUCUGCGACUACGAAAGAACAUCAUCUUCAAGAGAGACAUAGUUCGUCUGAUGAACUUCAAGAACAUCAUACAGCUGCCGUUCGGUUACAACAGAAUGAAAAACAUCAACAUCUUCCACAAGAACAUCAAGAACAAGACGAUCGUCUUCGUCAAGAACAAGAAGAUUGGAGAAGUCCACGCAACGUCGAAGUCGAUGCCGAUCACACUCCCGUAGCGCAUGGUAGUGUUUACGACGAUGAAGAAGCCGCGUCCCCUGAGGGUGGAAAGACCCCUGCUGUGCUUCUACGACCUGCGGAAGACUGCAGUGAAAUCCCUAGCCCAAGAGAGGGAGACGAUGCUGUAGUUGAUGACGCAGGAGAAGGUAAUCAUCGAGAAGGAACAAGGCAUGUUGGAGGACGUCAAACUCGAGAAGCGGAGCUUGAUGAAGACGACCAUGAUGAUCAAGGGAGAAGAGGCAAGUCAUGGUCUUCAUCCAGAGCUGUGCGGUGCACGAGUAUGUUGAACCAGCAGGAGACAAGUGGUGCGGCCGCAGGUGCGACGACCUCGCAUCGCGGACCUGGUUUUCGUGCAGACCAUGAUGCCGCAGGUGCGACGACCUCGCAUCGCGGACCUGGUUUUCGUGCAGACCAUUACCCAUCAAUUUCUCCAGAGCAUCAAGACCACCAGCACCAGCACCAACUUUUACUUAGAACCAGCAGCGAUCAAGCGCAAAGAGACCAGAUCGGUUUCCAGAGGGAUUUAGUUGAGCGCAUUCGCGACAUCGAGGAUGAACUUUACGUACUGAAAAAAUGCAACUUGAUCUACAUGUUAGCAACGCUGGAAAAGCAAUCGCAUUGCCUCUACCAAUACGCGUUUAUUCGCGGACGGAUCCGUAAGAUCGUUCUCACCAUCGGCGACGCAUUCAAAAAAAGGUUGGAGCAGGUGUUGGCAGGAGCGGCCGCAACGUCUGGAGGCAGUGGUGGAUCAUCAGCCUCCGGAGGCGGUUUGAUGGGUCCUUCAAGUAGUGGCCACAGCACAACUGCAGCAGGUGUAGUUCGAGGAGAUUUUACUGGAGCGCCGACGUCAGCAGUUGGCGCCUUCGGAGCUUCUAACGGAGGAGGCGCUCAAGAACCUAGCUCUACAAAUACGUUUUUCAUGAACUACAACAAUAAUUUGGCAAGCUGUUCCCCUAGGCCUAGUGCAGCAGCAGCAGCACAUCAACAGCAACUACAGAACAACCUCACUUCAGCCUCAAAACUGCCACCUUCCAAGAACGGAGGGGGAAACUCAUCAUCCAGUUCAAAUACGAAGUCCGGCCACACCUUUCACUCUGUGGUUCAGGUCUAUAAGCUGAUCACGCAAGUGGUGGAAGCUUAUACUUGCGUCUUUUCCAAAGUUGGUGGGUGUGGUAGUGCUAUUGAAUUGCGAGCUUUGUCCAACGCAGAAGCCUUGUUCGGCAUGCCCAACAUGGUGGAGCGCGUUUACAGCAGCAUCCUCUCAGAUGUGAUGGAGUAUAUUGAAGGCUGUCUGACGCGAUUCGAGUACCUGUACCGGUCUAGCGUCCUCUGUCGCAAGGUGAGGGAAAUCUUUCCCCACACUAGAUUCCCUCUGGACAUCAGGCUGUCAGACCACCGGUUCUACUCAAAUGGAUGGAAAACACGAGCCGCGAGCGCGACAACUUCUACGGUCAACAACAUAGUUGUACCUUCAACAGUUCGAGGUCGAGCAGAACAGUUGAUGAACAUGAACAAUCAGCAAUUACAAAUCCACCUAGGAACAUCAAGUGCUGAGCAGCAUCAACAUCAAGUUCCAGCAGGUCAACUACAAAAUUCUUCUUCAACCACGACUGCGAAGAUGGUCAGUCGCAGGCAGCGAAAACUACUGCUUAAUAGUCGUGCUUUGCAGUACCUAAAAAGCGGCAGAAAGAUAAUCUCAGAAGAUUCAACGACCACAGCCGCUUUGCUUCAUAUCUUGCGUGGUGGUGGACAGGGUGGUAACCAACAAGGGAGCAACAAUAAUUCGAGCCGUGGUGCAACAGGUACUACAACCUCACAGCACGCCUCUUCCUCAGGAACAAUAGGUCAACAACUACAACCUUGUUCGUCCUCGUCGAGGUUAAUGCGUACUGCGUCGUCUCAAGUUGCUGGCAGUCAACAUCAAGAACAUGUUGCUAAUAGCAUCAUUCAGUCGCCAACAAUCAUGUUCUCAAACAACUCUAGACCCGUCGGCAACCAUCUUGCGGACCUGGUCGAACUGCGCGGUUUGCCUCCGCUCACGUCGGUUGGUAGUGCGGAGACUGCUAAUCAGCAUGGUCAAGGUCAUUUAAGGGUAGGGUAAAUGUGCUUUUGUUCCCGCUUUUUAUGCCUUUCCUAAGGGAGAAAGGCAGAAAAAGCGGGGUCCACGAGCACCAAGACCCUACCUCUAAGUCAUCAAGGAACACACACCAGGAACAACAUGAACAUGUCCUCAUCUUCAACCACGUUCCCAGACAAUUUGAAUGGAAACUAUUGUCCGACCAACAAAUAUAAUACAACAACUCCUGGAGUAUUUUUUGGAGGUGGAGGAUCUCAAGGGGGUGACUAUCAUCACCAAUAUGGAGGAACAUCAAGGAACAACGCGAACAAUACGACUAGUUUGAUUCUCAAUAGGAUGAACAACAACGACAUCAACAAUUUGAGGGCAAGUAAUAGUCACCAGCCCCAAGAACAUCAACUUGUUGCGCUUCAACAGAACAAGAAUCUUCCGGUACGUGUCUCGUCAGCAACAGAACACUUAUUGGCUAGUAGAGGUGAAGUAGAAGAAGUGCAGCUAGGUGGUACAACCACGACCACGUCUGUGGAAAACGUAUGCUCUCGAUCGAGGUACUACUCGGUCAGGGCAGGAUACACAGGUUCACGAGUAGGCGGUGACAAUGUGAUGUUCAACGUGGAUCCGUCGAGCAAUGACAAUGAAGAACUUCGUCCUACUAGCGCCUUCCAACAGCCUAGCGUCCUUGCAUUAGGCAAUGGAUCCGGCCCAGCUGGAAAUAGGACCCAAGGACAACAGCUCGCACUUACGAACGGGUCAGCUGGAGAGCCUCAACAACCUCCUAAUCAUGAUAUUGCUGGGUUGAAAUUCACUUCUGUACCUCCGGAGAGGAGCGCGGCAUUAGCCCUUCGUCCAGCACAUCUUCAUAGUGUUCCGCGUCCACUCACAGCCGCCACUGCACAGACGAAAAACUAUACCCAUCUGCUCAGAGCGUCUGGUGGUGCACCAGCGCCUCCAGCUGCUAGCUCCAUAUCUUCUAUCAACAAUUAUGCCUCUUCCUCCUCCUCUUCCCAGGAUCUUGUCGUGUUGCGACUCUUCCCCUGGCGCAAUAUGAACUAUUCUCUUGUAGUUGCGGAAAAGCCCACAGCCUUGUGGCGGACGGUGUACAAGAAGGCUAUGAGAUACUACGCCUUGGACUACUUGCAGUUGGAGCUGUUUGGCACGGGAACGGUGAUCACACCUGAAGAACCGAUCAGCAACUUGCUAAAAUUCUACGCAGAAAAUUAAGGCUCAACUUUCAAUGGUCAUUGGGGUUGCUUGGUCACUGAGAUCGAAGAGGCGACCCCUUGAGAGAACAGGGGAAAACGAAGGGAAAGGGGAGAGCUUUGAAGGGGGUCCCUUCCGUUCAGAGUCAUGAUGACCCUUGAAUGCUGAGCUUUAAGAAAAGAAGGAAAUACAGUUACAGGAAAACGAUCAGAACAAGAAAGGAGGGCAGAACAUCAGCAGUACUAGUAGCAGCGCUAGUACAUCAGUUUCCUCUUCUUCAUCCUCGUGGUCGUCCACCUACUACGUGAGUGCAACACCCGAGAGAGAGCAGCAUCGCCUUUACUACAGCGUUCUGGUGACAAGGCCAGAACGACUGUCCACCGCAGACCGCGUUUCGCUCGACUUGAUCCGCAUCUUGGAGGAAGACUACACUUUCACACGCGAGACCAUGCAGCUUUCCUUAGACAUUCCACAGGAGUAUCUCUGCUUGCCACACCAGGAAGCGAGCAAGUUCAUUGCGGACAUGCUCAUUCUGCCUUUCGAGAUUUUAGUUCCGCCACCCUCAGAACAACAGUCGAAGCGAGGCUCCUCAGGAGGGAGCAAGUCCGGAGCUUUCAAGAAUGUUGCGGGAGGAGAGCAUGGCGCAUCAGGUACCGCUACGAGUUCUUCGGCAAGCUCCACUACAGGACAACAUGCUAGUACCUCUAGCGGAGGUCUGCGAGGAGGGGCUGGUGUAAGUUCUCACUCGUCUGCUGUAGUUGCAGGGGAAAGAAGUAGGAUUAGUGCAUCAAACAAGGAGAAUCUUCCUAUUCCCAAUGUUGUCCUCUCAUCCACAGCCGAGUCCCGUAAUUCAGUUUCCUCUAGUUGCAGUCAGGCUGGCUCAUUAGAAGAAAUACGCAAAAAAAUGGACUUUAUGGAGAGAAGCAAAUUGGCCCAAACUGGAGAAGAGAAGAACUUGAAGAAAAAUGUGGACGAUUUUAUGAAAGAGCCGGCCUGCUCUACUGCAACUGCUUCUAGCAAGCUACAAGGAGCCCCUCAAGGAGCUACGACCCAAAAUGUUGAAUUUAAAACUAAACUUGCUCCUCCCGCUCCUUCUACAGGUCGUGCCACGACUGGAGGUUUGUCUGGCUGGGCUUCCAAGUUGGGGGAUAUCAAACGCUUUUUCUCCUCUUCGGAUCAGGCAGCAUCGCAGCAGCAACAGCAGCAGUCUACGUCUGGACAUCAAGCUGUCGGUGUGAGUGCAGCUUCAUGCGAUUUUACGACAUCAAAUACGUGUUCUGGAGGAGGCAACGCUGAUUUUCAACUGCAGGGUGCAGGUGAGAAUUUAAAGAAAUAUCUUCAUGGAGGUGGCGGUUCUGGAGGUGGUGCGGGUCGCGGAGGUGGUCAUGGCAUCUGCUCGAAUGCGAAUGUCGAAGAGGCUACUGCUGCUUCAUCUUUGAUGCAAAACAACUACCAGGAGCAUGCAGGAGGAGCUGUCGGACACAACCACGUGGUCUCUUCUCCUAACACUCACCAUUAAGGCUUAAUAUUACCGCAAUUCAUCCUAAGAAGCAUCUUUGGCCCCCUUUCAUUCUAAGGGAAAAAUGCGCCAUGAAGAUGCUUGUCAAGAUGAAUAUAGGAAAGGUCUAACGAGAGCAAUACCAGUUAGUCGAAAAUCCCGCCCAAAUCUUCAGUGGCGCCCAUACGAGGGGGAAAAAUCACACAACUGGUCGUGGUAGCGCGACCUCAAGUGCCGCUGCCCCACCCCAAAGCAUGCUGUUUACCUCAGAUUGGGUUUCUGAUCAACGCAGUACGAGUUGCGUCCCACCCUUUACAUCACAGAGCAAUGUCGUUGCAGGAGGUGGCAAUGGCAAUAGUGGCUUUUACAUGAUGAAUAACAACUACACUUCGUCUGCGGCGUCUUGCAUAGCUGCAACUACUGGGGGGAAUAUUCUGGGCAGUAUGAGUAAUAUUAAGGCUUGAAAGUUGGCAUCUCUAUAAGCAUCUCUAUGGUUUCUCCAAGUAGGAAAGCCAUAGAUAUGCGGGCUAGAGAUGCCAACUUUCAACCCCUAAUAAUAACAAAUAUAUGUCCUCGUCCACAACUGGUGGAGCACUUGCUGGAGGAGGUGGAGGCAUAGGAGGGCCAAUAGGUGGUAGUGGCACAACAACAGCUGGACUGCAAGUUGGACACGGCACAACUACAACUACAGGACCACAAGGACAGCAGGGUGGACUACAGUACAACAGUUGUGCUUCUUCGUCCAGUGCUAGUGGUCGGGCGCAACAUCAAGGUUGUUCUCAAGGACAAGGACCUGCUGACGGUUCUUCGAGCAAUAAGAUGAAGAUGAAUAAGAACCGAAAGUACCAACAUCGCUUCUACUUCAGAAACAGCCACUUCCGACGGUGUGUGUCAGUAGAGUGCGACUACUCGGAAUUCACAGCUUGGCUGCAGUUCUUGCAGCAUUUGAGGCGUGGCAACCGUGUCCGUCAAGCGGAUUUGCUAGCUCUGAAUGCCAGAAUUACCUUUGUGAACGUUCACAUGCUAUGCGCGCACAUCCGACAUUUGAGUACGAAGAUAGAGCUCUUUAGGAGUCUCACGUUUGGAAACUACGUACCACCAGGGUUGAAUUUCACUGCUUCUUCCCCGUAUAAUAUCUUCUUCAAAAAUUCUUAUAGUGAAGGUGGAUACCCGUAUGCGUAUGCGUAUCACGGAGCAGGAGGGUCUAGUCGUGUCAACAUGGAUCCCAACAACAUGACCAUUCCAGCUGCAGCACUAGAUCAAGGCUUUGUAGGAGCUUUGUCACCGUAUGCAGAUGGUGGGUAUACUGGUAGGAGACCACUGUUGAAUGGGGAAGACGAAUCAGAACACGAUAAGAUAUGUUACAACAAGAUGACUUCUAGUAUAUCAUUGCCUGUGGUAUUACAGCUACUGGAUGCACCUCCUCCAACUGGAGAAGUAGAGACCACACAGCAUCAACAAGAACCGGGCUUCGUAGAGGGACAACUCCGAAAACUAGAAGAUUACAUGCUUGGGAUUGCACCAGGUUCAGAAUUCAAGCCAGGACCGGCAAUGCCUGUGAAACAAAUCCUUCUCUCAGAAGACGGGGACGGAAGUACUGUUAAGGCUACCGCUGGAGCAUAUCCUGAAUACCAUCCUUAGCCCUUUUUUCAAGGGGAAAAAGGGCCGAGGGAGGCUCUCAGGGAUGCACGUCGGUACCUCUAAUACUGGGAUGAGUGUGGUGGAAGUAGAAGAUUUUGUAGAGGGGAGAAGUGGCGAUGGACCACAAGAUGAAGUAGAACUUCUACACCAC